UGGUGAGAGUGCCGUCGGCAGUCGCUCGGUGUUUCAGCGGCUCUCAAGCCAAUCCUGGACGCGACCUACGACGUGAUCGGCGCCGAUGAGUCGACGUGAUACUCUCGUGAUACGUGAGGUCAUAUCGGGUGUUUGUUGUUACAAUCGAGAGGUCGACGAUUGUCAUCAAUUCAGAGUGUUAGAAAGCGUCAGCGACCUGGGGGACCAACACGUGUCCGGCCAGGCGCGAGUCGAAGCCGUCUCCUGGUCGAGCACCGCUAAACUACGUCAUCGGUACACGGCACUACGCGGUGGGGUAGAGUCGAGAUAAGCGGUAGUGGUGGUGAUGUAAAACAUUCGUGAGUCGGCUGGUUGGCGGCAUCGGCAGGCCAGGGAGCGGUGCAGGAGAGUUAGGUGCGACGCGGAGCAAGAGAGGAAACAGCGCGGCGCGGUUUCGGCUUCUCGGCAUCGGCUUCGGAAAUGGCCGCGGGAAAGUAGAGAGCGGAGCGUUUCGUCGCUGGCUGGCAGACUAGUUGGUCGGUUGGUCGGAUCGGUUGCUCGAGAUUGGCAUUUUUCGAGGACCGCGUGCUCGUUCAUCCGGCUCGUCGGGCGCGCACGCGAUCGAUUCACGACGUCAGACGAUUCCGGAGAGCAGCGCGAGAUGUGAGAACGACAGAGAGAGAGAGAGAGAGAGAGAGAGAGAGAGAGAGAGAGAGAGAAAGAGAGAGAGAGAGAGAGUGAGAGAGCAAGAGAGAGAAAGAACGGAGCGUGUGUCACGACAACGGUGAAGACGACGUGAUCGAGACCGUAUGACGACCUGGAUAGAAAGAGGAGACUCGGGAAGAGACAUCUCCCUCGCGUACUCCGACACCAGGAUGGCCGGCGACGACGAAACAGUGAUGAACAAUGAGAUCGUCGGCGCGGAGGGCGGAGAGGGGCACGGUGCCUCGGCGCGGGGGGAACUGCAUUCCAGAGUGGGCGGCAUUCUGGAAUGCGAUCCCCCCGGUAACAGGAAUUCGUCGAACGAACGAGCCACCACCGCUGCCGACGACGACGAGGACGGUGUCUGCCGAUAUGCGGUCGGCGCUACCAACCGCGCUAUGUCUCUCUUCGAAAUUUGUCAGAUUCGGCUCCAAUAUCUCUUCCCGCAAAUAGCCCCAGCCCUACGAUACGAUAUCUACAAGGACAUAGAAAUUACUGCAGAGAGUCUAGCUAACGAUGUAAUGCGAUACUUAUUGAAAGAAGACAUCUAUCUUAUAUCCCGGGACCCGAUAUCGCGUACUAUGAGGCACAAUGUGUAUCAAAUGCUUAAUAAGCACAGCAUUCUCUUUGCAAGCAUGGUGAAUCGUCUGAACGUAGUCCCUGACACCGCAUAUGAAGCAUUCAUGGGAGUUGCUAAUGAACUGUUCUUACAUGGUGUCAUUACAUGGGCCAAGAUCGUUUGCUUGUACGCUUUCAUGGGCAGAUUGGCUUUAUGGGCUAGAGAUAAGAGAAUGCACACUCUUAAGAAGAAACUGCCGUCAUAUGUGUCGAGAUAUGUUGGUGAAAACAUGGCACACUUCAUUAAAGGCUACGGUGGAUGGGAGCAGUUAUGCAUAGAGUAUCCUGUGGCGGAUGAAGUCAGCGGAGCAAUUUGGAGAAGUCUAUUAGUGACUGGAGCCACUCUUGGUUUGAUCGCUACAAUCUUGUCGCUAACUUCCUGAUGGAAUCUCGCCAGAUCGUGUGGCCUGAGCGCGUUUUGUCUGAGAAAUUUUCGCGUACUUACGUUCAAUGAGAACACACACUUGAAAGAAAUAUAAGGGAAUUCGUACGCACAAUAUUACAACAUUUCACGUGGACAUCGAAGUGAGUUGAUCCAAACGAUGCGCUCGCUGUACUGUCUAUUCGAGGAACAUACGAGAUUAACAAAAGAUACUUCAACGCGUUGACACACAUAAUUUUCAUAUCAAUGUCACUCGGCUUAGAAUCGUUCCACAUUUUAUAUAACUCCAGCCAAUACAUACAUAGCAUGAGCGACAGACAAUGUGACGCUAGUAUUUUGUUACAAUACCUUAUAAAAAGAGAACUAGUGAAAAUUAGUAGGCAGAAUAUCUUAUUUAAUUUUACAAUAGAUAUUUUAUAUAUUGAAGUAAUUUCUAACAAUAAUACUCAAAAUUGUCGCUUUAGAACUCUAGAUGAAACGAGAAUCUCGAAAUUCUAUUGAAUUUAGGUAGACGCAAUCUAUUUAUUUAUAAUUUAUAUGUAUAUUAUAUAUAUGUUAGGUAGGAGAUUACAUUAAAUAAUAAAUUUCUUUUCGAAUA